GCCUAUCACGCUGGUUGCCUACAGCAAUUAAAAACGAAGAAGAAGGGGCAGCAGCAGAAGAAGAAACAGAAGAAGAAGAAGAGGAAAGAGAAGAAUAAAAAGAACAGUGGGCAACGCUAAAUUAAAGGUUUCCACCUUUCACUGGUUAUUCAUCAAAGGCGGUAGCUUCAGCCCGACGGGGUCGUGACAGCAUGGCGGCCGCUGCAGCGCCAUUGUGGAACGAGCACCAGGCGUAUGAGGAGCUGCUGUACUGGGACAGUCUGAUCCAGGAGGGACACCGGCUCCUGCCGCAUGAUUUCGAUAGAUACGAGGAGCUGCGUUACUGGUACGACUGCCUGUGCUACGAGGAGGAGCUGAGACAGUAUCAUGACUACAUCGCCGCUGUCGAGCAGAUUGAGGAUCAACGGCACUAUGAGGUGGCUGCAUCUUCCCAGGUGCACAAGGGACCAUAUGAUCGCCACGUGAUGGCCAAACACUCUGAUGUGUAUCCCUCGCCAGAGGAGCUGGAGGCGGUGCAGGAGAUCGUCUCCCACGUGGAGUGUGCUCUGAAGACGGUGUCCGACCAGAUGGACACUCCAAAAGAAAACAAAGAGGACGCUGAGGCACAGAGUUUCUUUUUUUCCCCAUCUCACCAUCCAAGUACUGAUUCACAAGAGCGUGUCCUGCGUGGUGUCAUGAGGGUUGGACUGGUGGCCAAAGGACUCCUGCUGAAGGGAGACAAGGACCUGGAGCUGGUUCUGCUGUGCUCCAACAAGCCGACUGUCACCCUGCUCAAAGAAGUGGCUGAAAAGCUAACCGCACAGUUAGAGGCUAAUUCAGCCGAGACAUACACAGUGAGCCAGUGUCCGGUGGACGCAGCCAUUGUUGUGACGAGCACAAAGGAGUCAGUCCUGACUCUCACCAUCCACCUGACUUCACCUCUUAUCAGGACGGAGAAAGAAAGUAAAGCUGCCGAAGGGGAAGAAGAAGAAGAAGAAGAAGAAAAAGAAGACGAAAAGGAAGAAGAAAGGGAAGAAGAAAAGGAAGACAAAAAGGAAGAAACAAAAGAAGAAGAAGAAGAAGAAGAAAAAGAAGUAGAAGCGCGAACAGUCAACGAUCCGCCGGACGUUCUGGACAGGCAGAAAUGCCUAACUGCCUUGGCGUCUCUCCGCCACGCCAAGUGGUUCCAGGCCAAAGUCAGCCACCUGAGCUCUGCCGUCGUCGUGAUCCGCAUCAUGAGGGACUUGUGCAACCGUGUUCCCACCUGGAUGCCCCUCUCAGGAUGGCCUCUUGAACUUCUUGUAGAGAAAGCUAUCGGUACAUCCGAGAGACCAAUGGGAGCAGGCGAGUCCUUCCGCAGAGUUUUAGAGUGUGUUGCCUCUGGAAUCCUCUUGCAAGACGGCCCUGGAAUUAAAGAUCCGUGCGAGAAGGACGCAGUCGACGCCACUGAAAACUUAACUCAGCAGCAGCGUGAAGACAUCACGCAGAGUGCUCAGCUUGCCCUGAGGCUGUGUGCUUUUGCACAGAUGCACAAGGUGUUGGGGAGGGACUACAAACCUGUAAAGCCACGGAAAUCAGGUGGGGCCAGCAGCAAAGAGGGCACAGCCCAAAUAGCUCCCGCGGGACACUUCAGUCUGCCCACCAAGAGGCCUUACGGCGAAGUGGAAGAAGACGAGGACGAGGAUGAGGAGGAGGAGGAGCUCCUUCUCAACAGCAAACAGAGGAAGUUUCUCAAGUUCCAGAAGCGCUUUCAGAGGAAGUCAUUCACAGAAGAUUUCAGCAUGAAUGCCGUGAUGCGUUUGAACCAGUACAAACCUGGCCUGGAGUACCGGCUCACGUCUCAAACUGGUCCGGUCCACGAACCGGUCUUUACGAUGGCCGUGGACCUGAAUGGGAACACGUACGAGGCCACCGGGCCUUCCAAACGCGCCGCCAAGCUCAACGUAGCCAUCAAGGUCCUACAGGAUCUCGGUCUUCCCACAGGCUCAGAGAUUAAACCAGAGUCCGCUUGCGAUCCUGAAGGAACAGUAAAAGACGCCAGCACGGCCUCUACGACAUCGGAAGACAGCGGUCAGGGGCCCAUCUUGACCAAAAAUGGCAAAAACCCUGUGAUGGAGCUAAACGAGAAGCGACGCAGCCUGAAGUACGAGCUCUCUGCGGAGACGGGGGGCUCGCACGAAAAGUGCUUCGUCAUGGAGGUGGAGGUGGACGGGCAGAAGUUCAAAGGCAGAGGCUCUAAUAAGAAGGAGGCGAAGGCUUAUGCCGCCCUCGCUGCCCUGGAGAAGCUGUUCCCAGAGGACAAUGGCGUAUCAAGUGCCAACCGAAGUCUGUCGAAGAAGAAGGUCACCUACACUGACAUGCACAUCCCAGGUUUUGGGACCAUCCGUGGCAUCCCUUCAGACUCUGGAUCCCGCGGCUGGGGUCCCAACAGAGGUCGAGGCAGGGGCCGAGCUAAACCGUUCCCUGCAGGACCCAGCUAUAACAAUACCAACUACAAUUACGAGAGCAGCACGGGCACAGGCUACCAUAAACUGUACGGUAAUAACACGGCCAAAGGCGCCGGGUCGAGCGGCUCGGGCAGCGACGUCGGCUACGGCACCUUUUACCCCGAGAGCGGUGGCGGCACCGCCACCUACUCCUGCCCGCCCGCCUCCGGCGGCGACUCCAGCACCGCCAAGGGAGAGAGUUACCAGUCGAUGCCUCCCCCUGCGGACCAGGAGAGCCCCUACAGCUACGGCUACGGAGACGAGAAGAAGAAGAUGCUGACCCAGGGUCAGAACGAGGGCCAAGAGGGGAACUACUCCAUGUACAGCACAGCUUACCCCAGCUCAGUGACGGGGGGCCAAGUUUAUAAUAGUUACGGCUGGGGGAACCAGUCGUCCUGGGGGGAUCAGCAGGGGUACGGCACGUACCAGGGCUUCGAAGGACAAAACCAGGGCUCACACUCUGGAUACAGUGACAUGAAUUACUAAUGGUCAUGUCGUGUACAGCCUUUCUCACCUCACCAUGCCAUCUCCUGACUCUGAUUGUUCACCGUCAUCGUUGAUCUAGGGAUCCCACUUCCGGAAAAAAAAGUGCUUGUGUUGUCAGAUAUAGUCUUUCUUUCUUUUUUUUUCUUUCUUUUUUCUUCUUUUUCUGUUUUUUAAAUGUUCACUUCACUUGUCUGGUAAAACUAAUUUUAGGUGACAGAUGCAGGUUUUUGCUCAAAGUCCCUGUUCUCUUUCUUUUUUUUAACUGCUACAACCCUCGUCACGUCCAUAUUGACACGUGUGACACGUGUAAAAAAACAACGAAAAAACAACCUGAUUUGUCACUAUGUCUUGUUUCUUGGGUUGUUUUUUAAAAAUCUAGCGCCCCGGUUUCUGUUUCAGUACCUGGAUUUGAUUUGAAGCUGCUUGUAGUUUGAACUGAAGAUUUGUUAGUUUGUGUCACAGAAUGACAGAAUGCUCUACUAACUCGUGAAAUAAAUGACCUACUGUGGAGCAAAAGUUUUCUGACCAUCGGUUUGCUAUCUUACAGACAAGAACAACGAUGUUUAGAGCUCACAUUUUCAGUUGUUUUGAUGGAUAGCGGUAAAUACGCCGGCUCAAGUUUAUUGUGGGUCAACCUGAGCUUCCCUUAUAAAUUCCAAAGGUAUUCCUCACUUCUGUGUUACUGGGAAUGUUGUUGCAACAGCUUUCCUCUGCAGAUGCUUGACAUUGUCUCGCAUACACAUAGUAUCCCUGUGUAGCAUGCACGGUCUAUAUGUGCCGCUAUGCUGUGGGCAAAGAUGGGACGAAGCCUUGUUGACUCCUGCGGGGAAAUUAGGUCAUCGGUUCCAUUGGAGGGAUUAAUGAGGACACAAGUAGAACAUAAUGUAAGCGAUAUGAAUGCUUGGUGUCGAAUAAAUGCCCCAAACUGUGAAA